GUAAAAAAGCUUGUAAAUUGCCAAGCUGGCAGCACUGUCGUCGUCGUUGUGGAAAAGUUGGUCGCAGUGGUACUUUCUGAUUUCACAUUCAUUUCGCGUCUAAUUAAUUGCUUCUUAUACUACGAUUUAACUACCACGGCUCACAGCCAAUACGGGUGGAGCCUUGCCGAGCAGGCCCGCUUCCUUUGAGCACCCCCAAGAAAUUCAAAAGACUGAAACCCCCGAAACUACAAAAAUCGCUGCACCUGCACACAUAGACGUGUAUGCAUCGCGAUUUUCAACAUCACUAGCAAUCGAAAGACUUUCUUCCAUUUAAUAGAGUAACCUGAAAGGGCCCCCGCAGCCAUUUAACGAUAAACUGUGCCACACUCUACCCCCAGAACGACCGUCCGCAAAGCAAAUAGAAUUAAAUAACAGGGAAGAGAUAGCCAACAAGUAAAGUGGGGCGCGCAGGGCGUUAUUUCAGAGUUUCGCUUUAAGUCUGGACAACGACGACGACAAAACCGAAAAUUUGUAACCAUGAACGGGCAGAGCCCAUCAAAGGUGGAUCUGUACAUCACACACCUGGAUCACGUUGGCCCGUACCUGAAGAUAUACGGCCAGGUCAACAGAGAUGCCGCCUUCUUAGUUAGCAAGCGGAUCGAGCAGGUGCUGCCCACAUGCUUCGCCAUCGAGCCAAGCUGGUCUGUGGAGCGCCAGCAGGCGUUGCUCACGCCUGGCACUUUCUGUGUCUUCAAGAGAACAAAUGGACCCGCUCCUGGGGAUCUGGAGUAUAUGCGUACCCGGGUGGUGAGUGCCGAACUGGAGGGCACGAAGAUGCGCACUGAAAUCGAGUACCUAGACUACGGAUUCAAGCGCAUGGUAGAUAGCCAUGAUUUAAUGUUCCCCAAACAGCCAAAGCUGCUACAGAACCUUCCACUGCUCUGCACGCAGUACAUAGUCCUCGGCAUUUGUGCCGAGUGGGAUCAGUCCGAUCUAGCAGUGGUCCAGAAGCUGAUCGUCAACCAGACCGUCCACAUCGACAUCGAUCCGACGCAGAUCUGUGGCCAGAAGUUCGCCCGAGUGCGCUGGAACGAUUUCGAGCUAAGCGAGUUCUUGGUUCAGCAGAAACAUAUUGGCGCCGCACUGGCCAACCAGCUCAUGAUGGACCAUUGCAAGAAGCUGUGGAAGGAUGUGCCGCAGUCCACCCCCGAGGAGAAGAACAACAACAGCAUCCAGGGCACAAAGACACCAAUGGACAUAGCCAGGGAGCAGUUAGCUUCUCGCAGAUCCUUGGCCGCUCGCCUGGAUGCCCAGCGUUCUGUGAACGUCACGCCCCCACGGCCCCUGAAUACGGAAGCAGCUGACUUUUCGACUAAACAGCUGCCUCUAUCCAAUGUGACAAAUGUGCAGGUGCUAACCCCAAGCCUGGCCAAUACUCAGAAGACGGCAUUUGUGCCGGGAAAUCCUUACAAUCGUGCCAAUUACCAGCCCGCCGAGCCGGCUGCUAACCAACCUUAUGUGCCCAAGUCCCAGCCCCGAUCGAUCCACAACUAUUACAAUGUACGACUGAACAAACCGGUGCAGAACAUGCCACCACCCCUUUCACUGCUGCCGUUUAAGCCAAGCUCAAACCAGCAGCCAAACUACGUGCCCCUGAGCUAUGCUCCGCGUUUUACGCCACCGCCGCAUAUGGCUUUGUCCCAGCGAGCUGUGCAGCCUACCAUUCCCGCUUUCCGAAGUACCAGCCUAACGGUGGGCCUCACCUACGAUGUGUCUGUCAGCUAUGUGGAGAACGGGCCGCACUUGUUCUGGGUGCAGUUGAAGAGCUCGGACAACGAUCUGGACUCCAUGAUGGGCCAGAUCGAGCGGAUGCGCCUGCAGCCCUUGGCCAAAUCUCCUGAAGUGGGAGCAGCAUGUGUGGCCCGUUUCACGGAGGACAGACACUUCUAUCGCGCCCUGAUCAGCGCAGUUUACGAUCAACGCUAUCGCGUCGUGUACAUCGACUACGGCAACUCGGAGCUGCUGGCCAUCAGCGACAUUUACCAAAUACCCCCUGAGCUGCUUCAGAUUAAGCCGUUUGCCUUCCGUUUCGCGUUGGCCGGCACCAAGGAGAUUGAGCCGAUCGACGAGAGCAUGAAGCAGAUCUUCAAGAACUCCGCCUUGUAUAAUAGCUUCCAGCUCACCGUGCAGGCACCGGAAAGCGUGGGAUCCAUGCAGACCUGCCACCUAAGCCAGCAAGGAAAGAGCACCCUAGAGUUCCUGCGGCAGCUGAAGAACUCCCGUCAGGCCUACCCCAAAGCUGAGAACCUUAAAAACGAUGACGCCGUGGAAAUUCGAUAUAUUGACUCUCCUAGCAACUUUUAUGUCCAGAAGGUGUCCAAUAUCGGAGAGUUUGAACUGCUGAUGGACGAGAUGUUCUCCUACUAUAAUGCAAACCAAAAAGUGCCUGACCAACUGGUCCUGGGUGCUCCGUGCAUCGUUAAAUGCGACCAGGAGUGGUACCGAGCGGAGAUCCUCCGCGUUGAUGACUCUGUGAUUGUCCGCCAUGUGGACUUUGGCUACGAGCAGAACGUGAAACGUCAUCUGAUCGGCCACAUUGCCGAGAAGCAUUUGAAGAUGCCGCGACAGGCCGUCAAGUGCUGCCUGAAGGGCUUCGAGAACAGCGAACUGAGCAAAGACAAGAUCACCGACCAGUUCGAGAUGUUGGCCGAGGAGUCCAAUAUUCGCCGUCGUACGUUUAGCGUUCGAGUCUUUCGCAUCGAACCGGACGGCCUGAACGUAGUAAACCUGCUGGCCAAGAACCUGAAUGUGAUGAAGAAACUGUACAAACUGUCCAUGCCCUUCGAGCAGUAUCUGUCGCUGGAGAAGGGCCAGUUUAACGGAAAUGUUACUCGUACAGAGUCACUGGUCUCCUCCGAACUGGACAAGAGCAACGUUCUGAACUCCACCAGCAUUGGGGAGAGCGAGGAACGUUUGCCGUUGGUCCAGCAGUCAAGGGAGAAAGCGCCUCCAGUCCAAUCUGUUGAACCUCCCAAACAGCAGCCACCCAAGAAUGCCAAGCAUUCGGGCGACUGGGACAAGCGCAGUUCCACCUCAGCCAGCUCCAAGGAGAGCAAGCGGCAGCAGCAGCAGCAGCCAACCCAGCGCAUCGAUCACAACCUCGACUCCAGCUUCGAAACCCAAAGCACUGGCAGCUAUACCAGUGGAAUGAGUUCGCCCCGCAAGGGCAAUCGCAAUCAGAAUGGCCGCUCGCAGACCAAUUCGCCCAGGACUCCAAACGGAAAGCAGGAAGCGAACAAAAAUCUACGCUUCAACGAAUCGCCACGCAAGAACCAAGACGGCCAGAACCGAAAUUCGCCAAACCAGCGCUCACAGAACGCUCCGCAGGGCUUUGCCCAGAAGCCACAGCGACAGAAGUCUACCUUGGAUGGGACCGUCAGCUCGAAGCGCUCCAGCGGCAUGGAGAGCGAUGCAGCCUCGACAGCCUCGGAAUCUGUCAAGCCCGAGAAGUAUGUCCCGUUGGACAAGCCGUACAGCUUGCAGGACAUUAAGACUCCGCUCAAGGAGGUAGCCAGCCUGUCGUGGUGGGUGUCGCCCUUCCAGUUCUAUGUGGUAUUGAAGUCUGCCGCCACCAAGUACGAGGGUGUGCUGCGCGAGAUGCGUCAGUUCUACCGCCAGAAGCAGCACCAGGCUCUUCAGCUGAAGGUGGGCUCCACAGUUGUGGUGCGACAGCGCAAGGACAAUGCCAUUCUGCGAGCCACGGUGGUGGCCUGCAACCACAUGAUGCGCAAGUAUCGAGUCUUCUGCGUGGACACCGGCAACCUGAUCACCGUCACCUCGGAGGACUUGUGGCAGCUGGAACAGCGCUUUGCCGAUCCCCCCUGCUUGGCCCAUCGCUGCAGCUUCCACAGCGUUGUGGCCAACUACGAACCAGGCUACAUCGUGGACCGCAUGGAGAAGUUUGUUCCUGUCAGUGCCAAGGUGGAGUGCGAGUUUCUCUCCAAGGAGAGAACCAGCCACAGCUCAAGUGGCCAGAAUAACGUAAGGUCGUACACGGUGAACAUGUUUGUGAAUGGAACAUCUCUGAGGGACACGUUGGUCAAGGCUGAGUUCCUCACUGAGGUGGCGCCAGAGGUUCGUCUUAGCCUCCUGGCUGGUCAGCAGAUCAGGGGCAAGUUCACCUCCAUUCGGGAUAUGCUAAGCUUCAAAGUGCAGCUGGAUUACUGCAACAACGUGGACUUCCUGUGCAGCUACGACGACACAAAGUUCGUAAAGUCCAACCCUGAUUUGGCCAGACGCUUCAAGGACUUCUACGAGGGCAAGUCGUUUGCAUUCAACGUUAAGAGUGUCUGCGAGAACAACAUUAUUCACUUGCGACCUGUAAUGCCCCUCUUCAAAGAUGACCGCAAGGCCUUUGUGUGCGCCCACCCCGUGGUGUUGAGCUGUUUCAAGGCCCUCGUGGUCUACACCUCAAAGCCCUACCGCGUCUUUGUCCAGCCCCAGACCAUUGAUGGCGUUAUGAAGAGUCUCUUGGAUGACAUGUUUGAGUUUUACGAAGCUAAAGGCGACCGUCUCAGGAAGUACGAUGCCGGACAAGUGUGCGCCGCCCACAGCUCCGAUGGCAACUGGUACAGAGCCCGAAUCUCUGGCAAGGAUUCAAAAGCAGAAAACAUCGAGGUCUACUAUUUGGACUACGGAAACACCGAAGAAGUGAAGCGAACUGAUCUGAGGACAUUGGACGAUCAGUUCUACAAGUUCGCCAGCGGAUUUGCUGUCGAGAUUAAUCUGCCCUUUGGCCGUCCCAGCAAUGAGUCCAAGCUGCAAGCGCGCGUCUCUGAAGUUCUUCAGGAUCAGGUGGUCACAGUCACCUCUAUUGAGGUGCGUCGCACCCACAUCAUAGCCGACAUCAUCCUGGAGAACAAACAGAGCAUUACGGAUAUGAUGAAGGCGGAAAAGCUGAUUCCUGGCCAGGACUUGGACUACAUGCGCAAGCAGCUGGAGAAGGGCAAGUCACGCAACUACGAGUACAUCGAAACGGUGGACCUAACCCACGACGACGACGAGGAGGAAAAGGGACGCAAAGAUCAGGGAGGCAACAUCAAACAGAAUUCUCCCAAAAAGAAGCAACAAAACGACAGGGAACGAGAACCGAAGAAGCCUAAGCCAUCGGAGCCAGCAGUUGCUCCAUCGCCAAGCUCAUCUCCAGCUAGCAGUCCGAAAAAGGCGCCCACUCCAGUUCCCGUGGAGCCACAGCCGGUGGUCAAGGCAGUCCAGCCAGUCCCAGUUCCAGUGGCAGAGCCAGUCGCCAAGCCAGCUGCUGUUGAAAAAGCUCCCGAGCCCAUUCCUGAGCCUGAGAAGCCAACUAUCCCUCUAGAGGAUCCCUACAAAGACAUGGAGAAGGUAGUGCUGAGCCACUGCGAUAAUCCCGGCCGCUUCUUCGUCCACCCGAUCGAUCAGUUGGAGAAACUGCAUCGCCUCCAGGAGAACCUGCAGAUAGUCUCACCCUCUCUCCCGCAACUGAAGGUGUAUGUGGAUGGGGCUGAGUGCAUUUCCAUGUAUUCUGUGGACAAGAGCUGGUAUCGUGCCAAGAUCCUGGAUGCCGAACUGAUGGUGCUCCAGUUCAUCGACUUUGGCAACACCGACUGCGUCACUGACACCACUGACGUUAGGGAGAGCAUGUGGACGCACAUCGAUCCGUUCUGCCGGCCCUGCGCCCUGCCCAUCAGCCCGAAGGACACCGUCGAUUGGGUGGAUGCCGCCAACAGAAUCUUCAAUGAAUCGUAUACGAAAAUUAUCCAUUACGAGUACCUGUCGCAGGGCGACAGCCAGACGGUCAGCUACGUGAAGCUGUACAUCGAGGGCGAGGAUGUGGCCAAGAAACUGAUAGACGAGGGCUACGCCAAGCCCCUUGAGUACGUGGUCAGUGGCAGCAGCUGCUACAUUUCGCACGUGAAUGGCAUCAAUGACUUCUACAUCCAGCUGGAGCGGGAUUCCAAGGCCCUGGAGCUGAUUGAAAUGUUUUUGAGGGACAACGAGGAAAAACUGAAGCCCCUGGAGACUUUCGAGAAGGGUGCUAUUGUGGCAGCUCUCUUCGAAGACGAUGAGCUGCUGUAUCGAGCCCAGCUGCUGAGACAACUGCCCGAUGCCCGUUAUGAAGUGCUCUUCAUUGAUUAUGGCAACACUUCUACUACCUCCAAGUGCCUGAUCCUAAGCGAGGAGAUAGCCAAUCUGCCGAGUCUCUCCAAGAAGUGCUCGCUCCGCCUGCCGCAGGAUUAUGUCUCCUUUUCGCCGGAGGCUGAGACUAAGUUCGCCGAACUAACUGGCGAAGGCGAGCUGGUGUUCACCACCCAACUUCUGAAGCCCAACAAGGACCAUGUCAGCAUCCAUCUUCUCCUGGACGGGGAAAACAUCCUGGAGCGACUGCUCCCAUUAUGCAAAAAGCGGGAAACAAAGGCGGCCAGCAAGGAGUCGCUGGCGGAGGGAUCCGUCACCACCAAGGCGAUCAUCACGCACGUGGAGAGCACCUCUGAGAUGUACCUGCAGUUCAGUGAGAAGGAUCCGCUGAUGGACAGCAUUUGUGACAAGCUAAACGACGGGAACUUAGUGCCCAAGAAGGAGAAGGCCCGGGUUAAUGACAUGUGCGUGGUCCAGUUCGACUGCGACAAGGAGUUCUAUCGCGCCAACAUUCUGGAGAUUCUGGGGGAUAAGUAUCGCGUCCAGCUGAUAGAUUACGGCAACAAGACAGUGGUGGACAAGCUGUACGAGCUGCCCGAGGAGUUUGCUCUCAUUCAUCCCGUGGCCGAGAUCUGCAGCAUGGAACCGUGCGUGGACUUCGACAAGAACAAGACACUCGCCCUGGUGACCCUCGAUGCGCUGCUGGACAGCUGCAAUGGCAACGUGGUGGUGGAGUAUGUGGACAAGUCGGCACGUCCGCCAGUGGUUCGAUUGAAAACCAAGGACCCGAAGGGUCUGAACAUCUACGAUCAGUUGAAGAAGCUGAUCGAGGCGGAGCUGAAGGUCCUUCAGAAGAAGAACGAGAACUCCGAGUGCAUCAUCUCGCACGGCAGCUCCCCCAAGAGCUUCUAUGUGCAGCUGAAAAACAACUCGGCGGACCUGGAUGUGAUUGUGAAGGCGCUGGAGGGAUUGAAGAAGGAGGAACUGCUCCACUUGGACAGCAACGACAAGGACCUAAUUGGCGUGUGCUUCUCCCAGGAAGACGCCUUGUUCUAUCGCUGCACCAUCAAGUCUGUGUCGAAGGACAAGAAGAGCUUUGAGGUAUUCUUGGUGGACUACGGCAGCACCAUGACCGUGCCAGAGGUCUGGAAGCUGCCACAGGCUAUCGGUCACAUUCCCGCCUUGGCCCUGCACUGCCAACUGACCGAGAUUCCCAAGGAUGUGCCGGAUGAGAAGCUGAACGAGGCCUUUGCCGUGCUGCUCGAGCAGCACUUCGGCGAGGUCUUCCAAAUAACCACACAGCCCAACGAGGAGGAAUCGAAACCUCUGUUGGCUGUUUUGCGCCUCAACUACAAGGACUUUGCCCAGGAGUUGGCCAGCACGGUGGCCGGAGUGCAGAAGCCGCUGGAAGCGGAGCUGCACAACUGCAUUGUGGUGCAGUACGACGAUCCUAGAUCGUUCUACGUGCAGAUGGAGAGUGAUGUGGCGGCGCUGGAGAAGAUGACUGAUAAGUUGUUGGAUGCCGAGCAGGAACUACCUGUUUUUACUGACCUGAAGGUGGGGGCUCUGUGCGUGGCUCAGUUCCCCGAGGACGAGGUCUUCUAUCGCGCCGAGAUCGUCAAGGUUAUGGAGGAUGGCAAGUGCGAGGUGCACUUCAUUGACUUUGGCAACAAUGCGGUGACCCAGCAGUUCCGCCAGCUGCCCGACGACCUGGCCAAGCCGGAGCGCUACAGCAAACACUGCGAGCUGGAGGCGGCGACCAUUUCCAAGUGCGACAUCGCCCGCCUGCAGACGUUCAUCGAUACGCGCUUCUCCGAGACAUUCCAAGUGGAGAUACUGGCCAUCAAGGGAGAGGGCACCCAUGUCGUACGGCUGUUCUACCAGAGCACCAACAUUAGCGAGAAAUUGCGCCUGCAGGACGAGCAGUAAUCCUCUUCCGCCACUCGAGGGACAUAUCCACGAAUAGGAUGGCAAUUCAGGAGGAAAUUGUGAUUAGCUUUUGGCUAAAACAUGCGUUGUAUUAUCGAUUUAGUUAAACGAGUUAAACUUAUUCAAACGGCGGAGGCAUAUAUGAGGAUACCUCACGAUUUGAAUUGGCCACGAAGCUUCAUUGAUUUUUCAAGAAAAACCAAGUGAAAGCUACUUUUUAUUUCUAAAUAAUCAAAGAAUACUGAAAAAGGAAGGGAAAAUCAACAUUAUCACCACAAAAAAAUGAUAAAAACGAAAAAAAGCGAACAAAAAAAACGAAAAAAUAGUAAAAAACUCAAAAAAACAUACGAAAAAUACUUGUAAAACCGGAAAAAAAAUACAAAAAAAAACUUUGAGAUCUAGAUACAAUUUUCACUAACGAAUCAGAGUUAGUUAAAGGAAAAGGACGAUUUAUAUUUAUAUAUUUGCUCAACAAUUUUAUAUAAUCAACGAAGCGCUGUUGAAGCUAGCGAGUGGAGAAGUGGAGAGAAUACUGAACCUCCUGGUUAAUAAUUUAUUUUAUUCUAACUUAAUUUUGAAUUUCUUUUCUCGAUUAACACACUGAAGAUUUGUUUUUGAUUUACCUUCUCUUUUAUUUUACUACCCUUACUAUCAUUUAAACAACAAAUAUUGCAAAGCGAAGACUAAAUUUAAAAACACAAGGAUAUUGGAAUAUAGGCUUAUGUAUGAAAGCCUUUAAUCACGAUGUCAUAUUUUUCUACCAUUUCUUUUUCAUGUUGUGAACAAAAUAUUAAAUGCAAACCAAUAAAUGCGAUGAAAAGUAAA